AACACGUCAACUUUUUAACAGUGAAUGACAGUGUUUGUUUCGGCUCCUCACCGGCUAACAUGAAGACAGAACCACAGGGACACAGACUGUGUCAUUUCUUAACUGGACCAAAUGGAUCCCUCACUGGCUUUACUGGUUGUGGGUCACUUCUUCCUCACAGCCCAUGCAGCACUUUAUGAAGGGACGAUGUUCUAUGGCUGCUCUGAGUCUGGUGACGGUCAGGUACAAUUACACUGGAACGGAGACCAGAUUGCAUAUGCUGACUUUGAGAACAGACGAGCAGUUUGGACAGCACCCCUGCUUGAGGAGCUGGAAAAAGAUUUUUUACCUGGAUUUUACCUAUUGGCUCUGGUUAGCAAGGAGAGACUAUGGAAAUACUAUAUUGCUGAAGCUGCACAGAUCGAGAAGAGUCCCAUUGAAAAAAAAGCCCCGACAAUGCUCGUCUAUCCCAAGGAGGAGGCAGAGCAGGGGAAGGAGAGCAUCUUCUACUGUUACAUCAGUCACUUCUACCCCCCCUUCAUCAAUGUCACGUGGACCAGGAAUGGUGUUCAGGUGACAGAAGGUGUGGCUCUCAGUAACCUGUACCCUGAAGGGGACGGGACCUUCAGUCAGCUGGCCAGCCUGUCUUUCAGUCCACACACAGAUGACGUGCUGGGCUGCAGUGUGCAGCACGCAGCGCUGAGCCACCCUGCCACCAAAACAUGGGUGCUGCCUGAGAGGUCAGUGGGUUCUACAGCAGCGUGGGUCUGUUUGUCUUUGGGACUCAUCUGUCUCACUUCUGGUGUCAUCCUCUUCAUCCUUUCUACUAAAGACUCUCUCCAACAUCGGCUGGCAGACUGCUGGCGGGCUGCGUACCACAGGGUUGCUGGGCAGACUGACACUGGCUAAUGCACUGUAUUUUGGUAUUGUUUUGAGACAGCUCAGGUUUGACCUGGAAAUUGUAUGAUGUGCUUAUGAAUGAUUGUUUUAUGUUAAUAAUCUCAUGUGUUAAUAACAAUAACUUCAACAGAGAUCAGAGCUCAGCAUCCAAUUCUCCUAAAAAACAAAUACCUGGUGAUCAACAUCACUUCCUGCUGUUCUGAAGAUUUUUAUAGGAUCUGUCUGCCUUCACAUGAAACUGAUUAUAUGUGUUUACUAAGUUGUAUUUUAAUCCAAACAAAAUGUUAGCCAGGAAUGACAUAUAUCUGCUCAUUUGUACAAUGUGAACCAAAAUGUUAGAUUUUACUAUCAUUGUAUUAUUGUAUUAAUGAAUAUUGAUGUUUGUGUCCAGUCUUUUAUAUUUUCAGACAAAAUAACAUGUUAACAUUUUGCUUGAGUUCUACAAAAAGAGAACAACAUGUGUCAUAGCUAGCUAGCAGGAAAUACAGUCACAGUUUAACAAAUAUCAUAUCUAUAUUUUUUACAGACCUAUUUAUAUCAGUGAGGGUGAACUGAGUAAUAGAAACAUCUGUUAGUAAAACACAACUAGGUUCAACAGCAGCACAAACUGAACACUAUAACUGCAUGAAGGAGGAUUUAUGACAGGACUGUAAGAUUAGACUGAUUAGUUCUAUAUCUAAGAGUCACGCAAGAAACCAUGGUGUUAUCCUGGACUCAGAUUAAAUUUCCACAGCCGCAUCAAAUCCGUAACGUCAUCUGCCUGCUACCAUUUAAAAAACAUUACUAGAGUCAGAGGAAUAAUGUCAAAGUGAGACCUUGAAAGGCUGAGCAACAACUUCAUCUUAUUCAGAAUGCUGCUCAGGUCCUGACAGAAACUACGAAAUACAACCUCACUACUCCAGUUCUAAAAUCCUUACACUGGCUACCUGUCACUCAGAGAAUUGAUUUCAAAAUCAAAUCACUCUGUGGCUCAGCGCCCAAAUAUAUCUCUGACAUGCCUGUGACAUAUGAACCUUCACGGACCCUGAGGACAUCUGGGGCCGGCCUACUGACCGUCCCAAAAGUCAGAACAAAACAUGAUGAAGCAGUGUUUUGUUAUCAUGCAGCACAAACCUGGAGUGACCUCCCAGAUGAUGUCAGACAGCCCCGAAUCUGAACACUAAGUCAAAGUUGAAAACAUUCCUUCUUUACACUGCCUGCCCCACCCUGUAAUGACUGCAAACUGAUUUUUAAACUUGAUUUUAAAUCACUUUUGCUAUUUUGAACAGUGAUUUUUUCAAAUAGUAAAUCAUUUAGUAAUUAGUUUUACCUUUUAUAUCUUUUUUCUCUUUAUUCUUUUAUUGUAAAUCUGUAUCUUUAUUAUGUUUUUUAUUUUAUUGCUCUUUAUAUUGCUGACGUUCAAACAAGUGUCAUACAUGUUCUUAGUUUUGGCUUUGACAAGAUAAUUUCCACCCAUUUCUUCAAUAAAAUGUCUUGGUUUGCACAGUCCAACAA